UUCAUAUCUUCCAGAGACUAUCUCUAUUUACUUCUGGGUAACGUUGGAGAAAUGGCGGGUGUUAGCAGAGAUACAAUGGAUCAUGAUUUGGAAGAUGGCGAGAUUUCUGGAUCAGACUCGGAUUCGGAAAUGGGAGCCACAGUUCAUAAUAAAUCCCCGAUGACUGCAGCUCCUGCGUUCAGUGGCCAGUCGUUCCAGAGCAGGGCCCUUCCACAGACAGUCCUUUCAGCCACUAGUUACCGCAGCACAGUGAGAACGGCGGACUCAAGCGACAGCGAACCGGACUCGGACGAGGACGCGGCUAUGUGGCGGCGGAAGCGGCAGAAGUGCACCAAUGUUCCCCAACCUGCGCCAGUCCCCACUUCCCGCUUCGGAGCCCCCCAGGCUAACACUGCCGUGCCAGGCGGCCGCAAAGUCAACAACAUCUGGGGCUCUGUGGUUCAAGAGCAGACCCAAGAAGCGGUGGAAGCCGAGCUGGAUUUCCUUGGCGUGGAUGGGGCCAUUAGCAUGGCCAGCAGGCAGGUAGAGACGUACAACUAUGUCCUGGCCCGCAAGCUCAUGGAGAAGGAGAAGGAGGAGCAGGAACCUGGCGAGGUAGCCAUGUUGGACACUCAGCUGGACGAGUAUAUGAAGCACAGCGGCAGGGCCGAUGAAGAAAACGGCGGGAACAAUUUUAAGCGGAAGCGGCCAGUGAAGGACCGACUGGGCCCCCGGGCCGAGAUGGACAUCAAGGGCCGCUAUGAGAUCACGGAGGACGACCCGGAUGACAGGGUGAUUGAGGAGAUAGCCCACAGGCUGCAAGAGCCCAAAAAGGAAUUGAUAGAGCGAGUUGUGAAAGUCAUUGGGAAGAAAAAAGCAAUAGAGUUGCUUCAAGAGACCGCCACACUUGAGGAGACUGGUGGUGUGUACACUAUGGAUGGUAGCAGGCGACGGACUCCUGGAGGGGUGUAUCUCAAUCUGCUGAAGAACACUCCCAGUAUCACAAGUGCUCACCUUAAGGAAAUAUUCUACGAUGAAACCCAGAAGGAUUACAAGAGCAAGAAGUCGGCGCAGAAGAGGAGGCGGCAUGUAGUGGCCAAGAAGAUGAAGCAGGCCAUCAACACGCUGAACCUGCAGGAGCACGACGACGUCUCCAGGGAGACGUUCGCCAGCGACACCAACGAGGCCUUGGAGUCUCUGGAAGACGUCGCCGAAGAGGAGGGCCGGAUGGAACCGGACGCCGAAUCUGCCAUCGGCACCGAGGACACGCCAGUAGUCUAUAACGCUGCUGACCUGGAGGUCUUCUGAUCCGAAGUGGUCGCCUGGCGUUUGGACUUGUGCAUGUCCCAGUGAGGAUGUCAUGCUAGGCUGUGACAUCACUGUGACAGGCGGACACUAAGCAUAAAGAGUGACGCGAGGUAGUGCUGCUAUUCCCUUCAUGUUAGUCUAACAGUGGAUCUGUCCUCUUCAUCUGUCAGUGUUAGACGAAGGUUUGCAACGGGACCUGCUAGCCGUAGCGACAUGCUUUAGGAACAGCUAGUGAUUUUACCAACCACUGGACCUGACUACUGCUAUUUUCAACAACUACGAAUCCAUUUUACCAUAAAAGAAUACCAACCUCUAUAUUUGCGUCCUCGAAAGCAUACAAUUUUGGUUUGCUUUACUUCUUCUCUGCUUGUCCCCAAUAUAGAUGUUAGGGGAGAAUGACAUGGUUGAAAAUAUGGUAUUCAAGGCUAGAAAUGUCAAACCAAUCCAAAGGUGUAACAUAUUUAGUAUGCCAGCAGAGGUAUUUCAAAUCGGUAUGCCAGCUUCUUGCCAUCUGCUGUAUAUGUUUUAUAGGGUGUUCUGUUUGUGCACAAGUUGGAUUGAACAGGAUCUCUUGAGUGUUUAUCAACCUCAUAUGAGCUUCCUUAGACUUAAGUAAGAAUAAAUAAACUUUAAAUAGAUUUUUCUUUAAAAA